AUGCAGCAAGAUUCAGCUGAGUUUCUGAGUGUAUUGUUGAACCUUUGUGGUUCAGAAUUACUCAGGCUCAUCCAUGCUUCGCUUGUGAAGCAGAUGGAGGAGCUCGCACGUCUUCGCACGGUUGUCGCAAGAGCCAUAGCUGCCCACCUAAUGGCUCCACCAGCACAGUACCGUGCCCUGAUUGCUAGAGCCCUAGAUGGUACCGGAGUUGAAGGUCGUGGUCCUCUCUCUCCUUCUCCCCCCCCCCCGUGGUUCUCUUGGCCUCCCUGGUCCUGUAGGUCGAUCUGUUCCCCGCGGUGGUCCGGGAGUUGCGCCCACUGGUUAGUAAAUCUUGUGCACGAUAUGUUCAAUAUGUUUUGUAAAAAGGUUAGUCUUGACUCUUGA